AAACUCGGCGGCUGAUGGCGGUGCGUGGUGUCGUCGUGGUCCGUCGAUCUCCGCCGGCGGGAUACAACCGCGAAGUGCAUCAUCCCUCGAUGUCGUCGCGUCAGGAUACCGCGAAGUGCGUCGUCGCGGUACCGAUUUUCAGUGACACACAUUUAGGUAUUCUACUCAUUCUUGUUUCCUCUCGGGUGCCAAGAUCAGAGCGGCGGCGAAGCCUGUUCGCCGACUCCGAGAGUACGCGCGCGUGCCUAAUCGCCACGCGCGUUUCAGCAUCGCGGACACGUGCUCCACGCGCGGUGUAUUUUGGUGCGACCGCAGAAUCCCGUCCUCGUCUCUCUCCCCCCUCCCGCCCCCCGUCCUCGUGUCCGGAACUCGACCGACAGUCUGUAAAGCUAUUACGGCGCGACGAUGUUUUCUCGGCUGAGGAUGAUCGAAGACACGAAACGGAAGAAGCGCGAGUGACACCGCGUGGUCCAGGAACGUUGCCUUCGGAAACGCCGCGCAAACCUGUGAGUGCGCUCGACUUUUCGCCGCACGCGUACGCGUACGCACGCACGCGUGAACAAUUCAAUUAGGGAAUUGCGGAC